AGACAAGUUUUAUUGUGCAUCACAUUAAGAUAAUUGUGAUAUUCUCACGUUAAACAUUAUUCUCAUUUGAUCCAAAUUGUAUAAAUACAAUUAUUUGGGCACUAAAAUAGUUAAAUACUCUGUAAAAAUUAAACUGAACAGAAGCUAGACUAGAAGAGAGACCAAAACAAAAACAAAAACCAAAUAACACGCCAUUUUAGCAAACGUUUUCCUCUACAUCGAAUCUUUGUAACCUUUCUCUAAGAGUGGAUCUCUGCCCAACCCCCACUUGGUCCACCUAUAUAGCCCCUAGUCGGUGUUAUCUUCACGGUUUCUAGCGAUCGGAGCUGGACUCAUCCUUCUGGUGAAGUCACGCUGUGCACCUGUUCCCUGAGAUCUGGUAGUCUCUUCUUUCUUGUCUUCAUGACAGCUGUAAUUACAUAACGUUUUUGAAUUCCAUUGCUGUUUCUUGUACCUUCUCAAAUUUGCAUUUUGUCCAAGUUGUUGUGAUUAGAAAUUUCGUAUGAUGAAUCAAUCAAGUCAACAGCCACACUCGUUUUCUUCAUAUUCUUUUUUUUUUUACUUGGGCGAGGUGAAUGUCUGGGACUGAUCUUGAAUGUCAGUGACUUUAAUUUAACAAUAUAUAGGGAAAUUUGGUGACCCUUUAGUUGUUUUCCUUAAUCUUAUUGAGUUAUGGUUGAUUAGAUCAGUUAAUUGCAAAUCCUAAGAAGUGACAUUUCUAUUAAGAGCACUUUUAGGCUUCACCAAGCCAAUUUUUAGGUCAAUUGGACAACCUUAAGUAGUACUCCCUCCGUCCCAUAAUAAUUGGCCAAAUUUGAGUGGCACUAGGAAUAUGGAAAUAAAAAGCGUGUGUUUCAGCCUCUCAGGUCUAUGUAGGGGAAAGAUAAAUAAGACUAAUGACAAAAUUGUUUCUUCAAAAGGAUGGAAAAGUUUUGUGGACAUCCAAUAGUGGGCGGGGGUACUUCUUAAUACUCUAUUUCACAUUGGAUAACCAUUGUUGUUUCUGAUUUGUGUUUUUGGUUGCUUAUAGCAUCUUUGUGAGUGUCCUAUUGGACUCUAGUACACUACCAGCUGGAGCACGGGGCUAGUUUUGGAGGUGAGAAGAAGCUAAUUCAUUACCGAACAAAAUUUUGCAUGGUGAACAGAUGAGAAGAAGAACUGAUGUUAUUAGCAAUAGAAGGUGGGGGUCUUUUCUCUUCUUCAGCUUCUGGGUAUAGCUCAUGCAUAUCCCUUCUUCUGUUGGGCCAGAAUAGUGAAGAGAAGCCCAUCAAAGUUACCCCGUGGACCCAAUACCAAUUGGCGAAUCACGGAAAAACUGAUACUCAUCUUGCACUGGCUUCCAAGAAAAACAGAAAGCUUCUUCCGGGGUGUGCUCCCUUUAUCUGUUUCGGUCGUGCUUCCUCUGGACUCGAUAGCAGCCCUUCUUGCCUAAAGGUAGGUUCCACGCAACACCAAGAAGUAUCACCAACAGGACCUGGACCAAUAUCUGAGAAGUGUGAGGACAUUCAUGCUGUUGUAGAGACAAACACAUCAACUAAGCUUGUACUUAAGAGCAGCUUAAAGAGAGUGCCUAAUGGCAUAGAUGUUCAAGUUGGUAGUGACAGUGAUUGUAAGACAUUAAGUGAAGGAAGCAAUGACAUCCCUGACGAUAAUACGCAAAGAAGGAAGGUCCAUUGGACAGAUACACACGGUGGAGAGCUUUUUGAGAUCCGAGAGUUUGAAACUAGUGAUGAAGAAUCAGAUGACGACUGUGAUAGCCGCAAUGGUAAGACUUGCUCAUGCAAGAUUAUGUAGUUUUUAAGCUUGUGGUCGUGGUGGUUUCGCCAGAGCUGUUUUGGAAGGUCAGACAGAGCACGCAGGCCCAUGCAUUAAAAGGUUGAUUAUCUAUGCCCUUUGUUCAGCCAUCAUCACUUGAUGUAGAUGGAAUUUGACUCCCACCACUGGGAAGGAAGUCUCAGAAUGCAUACAAUGGCCAUCCAUUCAGAAUGUUUUUUUGUUUGUCAUCUGUUUUGUCUGUUGAUAUCCAGUUUCUUUAAUGUCAAAUUUAGCAUUUCCAGAAUAUCAUUGUUCUUUCAUUGUUAUUAUUACAUACGAAGUAUAUGUUUGUCAUUUUUGCCUCCAUUCUCGAGGUACUCAUUUUCUACAUGAAGAGAUGAAUCAAUUUCUUUUCUUUUAGUAAGUGUUUGCAAGAGCUUUUUAUAAGCAA